CAGCAAUAGGCAUGUGGAAUAUGUUAAUGGUUGAGUGUGAAUGACAGAAUAAGGUGCCAAGAGAUUUUAAACAAAGCAUUUGAAAAACAGCUUCAGAUAUCACUUUAAAGAUGGCUAGUCAACUUCAAAUGAAUGAUGUUCUGUUCGCAUGAGUCAAAGACUUACCAUGCAGUUUCUCCAUGUCUUCGUGACUGCUGGAAAGUUGGGUGUUAUUGCAAUUAGUUUGCUCAAACACUACAAAAUAGUAAUAAAGAACCAAAACUUAUUUCUGUAAGUGACAUGGCUGAUGUUCCCAGCACAAUAGAAGAAAGUAGUUUUCCUACGAAAGAUGAGCUGACAUCAGAUGUGCUUCGUGCUCGCACUGCAGAAUACUACAAAGAAAUUUAUAAAUCAGCUUAUGUGUAUAAAAGUGGAAGUAUGACUCAAAUAAGUGAACCUUCACAUACAACGAACACAGUGCCCAUUAAAUUACCGACCUCACAGUUAAAACAAUCUUUGGAGAAUUGUACUAUGCAUACAACAUCCAGAAGUCUGAUACAAUGUAAUCCUCAUCUUCAAAAUGAUGGCCCACAUCGAACUCUCAGUGAAAGAAUGAAUAGGAUAUCAGUUACCACACAGCGACCCGGGUGUAGAGUUGCAUUAUACCGAAGUAACAGUAACUUGGAGAUAGAACAUAGAAAAGAAAGGUUUUCGGAGAGAACAGUGAGCGUUCAUGGAAACUUUGGAAGUACUUCAUCUUUAGGUAUAAAAAAUGGUGCAAAUGAAGGUUUUUUCUCCAUGCUAAAAGAGUUUAAACCAGGUCAUACUGACCAGAGAAGUGCUGGACCUGCUAGAUUGCAGGAGGUUUUGAUAGGUAAAGUUGAUUCUCCACCAGCUUCCCAGAAUGCCUCAAAUACUUUAGUUCACAAUUCAGGUAGUUUGGAGGAUUGCCAAAGCCCUACUUUAAAAUCAAAACUGUAUAAAUUGUGGGACAUGAGAGAGAAAGUCAAAAUGCUCAAUGCAGAGACAAUAUUUUUUAAGAAAGUCAGAAAUAAAGUGGAUACAAGUACAAACUUGAGUACGCAUGGUUCUCACAUGUCAAUAGAUUCUGACUGCAGACUUGAAGAGAAAAUGAGAAAAAAAACAUUUGCUCACUAUGAUUGUCAGAGCAUCAGUGUUGAUUUGAGCACAACUGCUUCAGUAGUGUGUAAGUUGGUAACUCGUAGGUGCAAUACUUCUACUGGUGCUUCUGCAGCAUCUGUAAUAAGCAAACUACAGUAUAGUCAUAGCGGGGACGGGAAUGCUUUAAUGAAAUAUCAGGAUCCAGGAGAUGGGCGCUGCAAUGAUCUCGUUCUUAGUUGUUCCUUUUUUCGGAAUGAGCUCUGUGGUGAAAAGGAGAAAAUGGUUAGUUUAAACAGGUUAACUCGCAGACUGAGUCAGAAGAAUUCAGCGACAACUGUUCCUGGGUCAACUACCUUUUAUAGGCCUUUAUCAGCAUAUGGUUUAUCAGUUCUUGAAAAAACUGAUAACAUUAGGUGGAAGAAGCAUUGUUGCCCAUAUCAACGUUUUUCCUUCCCUAUUGAAAAAACUGACACUGGAGCUCUUUACUACAGGCAGUAUUUUUUAAACCAGGAGCAUCAGAAUUGGUUUGGUAUCGAUGAAAAUCUUGGACCUGUUGCAAUCAGUAUUCGACGGGAAAAAGUGAAUGAAAGUACAAAAAAUGGAAGCUGUUCGCCAUCACAGCCACAGUUUCAGUAUCGUUUAAUUGUCCGAACAAGCGAGGUACGGACAUUGCGUGGGGCCGUAUUAGAAGAAGCAAUUCCUUCACAUUUUCGGUCUAGUAUCCAACGUGGACCACUUGCUAGGGAAGUGUUUGAAUACAUAACUCCAGAGAUACAGUUGUCAUCUCUGAGGUUGGGUUUGUCUGGAGGUCAGACUCAAGAACAGCUUCUGAAACUUGAUGAACAGAUGGUGUCCAAAACAUACAAAGUUGGAAUACUGUAUUGUAAGUCAGGCCAGUCCUUGGAAGAAGAAAUGUAUAAUAAUGAAGUUUCUGGGCCAGCCUUUGAAGAAUUUCUGGAGCUGAUCGGAAAGCGAGUGAGAUUAAAGGGAUUUGAUAAGUACACAGGAGGAUUAGAUAAUAAAACAGAUGCAAGUGGCCUGUAUUCAGUUUAUUCUUCCUAUCAAAACCGUGAGAUCAUGUUUCAUGUGUCAACCAUGUUACCUUAUACUCCAAACAAUAAACAGCAGGUGCUGAGGAAACGACAUAUUGGAAAUGACGUUGUAACCAUUGUAUUCCAAGAACCUGGUGCGCUUCCCUUCACACCCAAAAACAUCCGUUCAAACUUUCAGCACGUGUUCAUAGUUGUGAAAGCUGUGGAUCCAUGCACUGUCAAUACAACAUACAGAGUGGCUGUUAGUCGAUCAAAAGAAGUCCCAGCUUUUGGGCCUCCAAUCCCAUCUGGUGGAACUUUCCAAAAGUGCAAGUCUUUUGUUGACUUUCUUCUAGCAAAAGUCAUCAAUGCAGAAGAGGCAGCUCACCAAUCAGAAAAGUUUGUUACCAUGAUCCAAAGAACAAGGUUCGAGUGGCUGAAAGAUCUUGCUACAGACCAUGUCAGUAAUACAACAGUGGAGACUGGGCCAAAAUUUUCUAUACCCUCAUUUGGGGGAAAAAAGAAAGAGCGUAAUCGACCAAAAUUUAUCCCAGACAAUUUCAUUCAGGGAGCUAUAUCCUGGAAGGUGCAGGUUGAAGAUUUUGAGGAACUGUGUAAGAUCAAUUGUUUACUGGGAAUAUCGGCACACACCAUUGUCUUGAUUGAAGAAAGCACAAAAGAAAUUAUUUUUGCAUGUCCUUCAGCUUCAGUUCUUGGAUGGUCAUCUCAUACAGGCUGUUUGAAGAUAUUUUACCAUCAAGGAGAAUGCAUUGUUCUGAUCACCAGGGAUCCAGAAAUUGAUGAGAUACAGGAGAUUGUCAGUCGCCUAGCUUGUGUAACUACUGGAUGUGAGACACAAGAACUGAUUCUUAGACGGAACGGUCAGAGACAAAUUGGAUUUCAUGUUCAGUAUGAGGGCGUUGUUACGGAGGUAGAAAAUCAUGGGCUUGCGUGGCAGGCUGGACUGAGGAAAGGAAGUCGUUUAUUAGAGAUUUGCAAGAUACCUGUGGCCACACUGCUUUAUGAUCAGAUGGCAGAUUUGCUUCAAACUUCAUUAAUGGUAUCUGUAACUAUGGUUCCUCCUCUUUUCAAUGGACUUCCUCGCAGGGGCUGUGGAUUAAAGAACUGCCAUUACUUGUCUAUGGACAUUGGAGAAGAAAAUGAAAAUGUUGGAGGCAGAUCAAACCAGACACCCUUUUACUCCCAGACUCAGUCAUCUACACAUCAACAAAAUCCCAGCAAUCAAAUUAACAAGUGCACUAGCCAAUCUCGUGGCCAAAUCAGUCAAUCAUCUCAAGAUUCUGGUCAGCAACUUCUCACAGAACAUACAGAAAAAUGUGAUCCCAAGGUCAUUAAUGUUGAAGAUGAACUAGUGGAACCACCUAGUAGAAUAAAUGAACAACUUCAACCUACUGUUUUGCACUGUGAGGAGAGGCCACUUCUUCUUCCGUCAGUCUCUCUUCAGCCUUCGAAGAAUAGUGCUUUUACUCAAGUUUUAUCCCGCCAGCCUCCUCCACCACCACCAAAGCCUGCACGACUGUGUGCUCUUGUAAGUUUUCCCAGUGAAAGGAGAGGAACAGCGGGUCUGUUCAUGUCUCGCAGUGAACUGUCUUUGUCUCAGAUUGGAUCUGCCCAACAAUCGUACCCUUCUUCUGGAUCUACAGUUCUACAUAGGAGAGGUGUGUUGUCUGCUAUUGGCUUUGAUGUUAAAUCAUCACAAUCCCAUGAUUCCAUAUACGGUUCAGUUUUUGGGAAUGAAGCUGGAAGGGAAAGUCCUGAACAGUACAGUAGUCUUCCUUCCCACUUUCAAGAAGGGUGUAGUGAAGAUGGUUACAUAUUGUUACCUAGCUCUGUAGGGGAACCACCAAGGUUACGAAAAAGAGUUCGCUCAGGCAAGACAAGAAAGCCUCUGUGUGAUGGCAGUUGGACCUUUCAGAAGGACUUGCUGAAACUUAUUGAUCCUGAUUCUCUAGAUGAUAGUGGGUGUGAGGUGGUAGGCUCGGAGCCCUCAUCUGGUCAGUCGGAUUGUACAUCUACACCUUGUUCUUCGUUGGAGCGUUGCAGAAAUGCCCGUCACACUGAACAUCUAUGUAGCAACCCUCCAGAUGAUGAGUUGAUAACAACCAGAGCUUGUGUGGCUCAUGUUAUUCCUACCACUUUAGUUUCAUCGACAGUUAAUAAAGAUUUAUCUACCGUAAAAGAAAGAUAUUCAUUAGAUGAUACAAGUGACAACCUUGUCAAUACCUUACAAAGUUCUGUUCCUUUACCAUCUUCUAAGGAGUUGGAUUGGUCAAGUCUUGUAGAUACAGCAUCCAGAAGUACAGAAAGCAGUAUAUUGAAUUUUAAAGAAGACGUUGCUAAAAAAAACAGUGAAAGUGGUUCACAGCAAAUCUGUCAACUUCAAAAGAAGGUGAGAAAACUUCAGGAAGAUCUGGUUAAAGAACAAAGUCAAACUGCUGUUCUGGAAAAACAGAUGAAGCAACUGCAACUAGAAAACCAAAGGCUUCAUCAAGAAUCUCAGCUUGUGGUUGCUAAACUUAAUAAGAUCAGCAAGAUGGUUCUUCCUCCACAACAGUGUUUGUAAUAAACUAGCUUGCAGAUCACCAAGUCAUAGUGUACAAUUAAGGAUUGUUUAUAUUGAGCAACUAAAGUAUCUCAGCUUGUAGUAAUAUAGCUUAAUGAGAUAGCCAAAGUUUAUCCAUCCCAACUGAGGAAUCUCAGUUUGAUGAGAUAAACAUAGAUGUAUUCACUACAACUGAAGAAUCUCAGCUUUAUGAGAUAAACAUAGAUGUAUUCACUACAACUGAAGAAUCUCAGCUUCAUAAGAUAACUAGGGUGUGUCUAUCACAAUUGAAGAAUCUCAGCUUUAUGAGAUAAACCUAGAUGUAUUUACUACAACUGAAAAAUCUCAGCUUCAAAACUAGGGUUUAUCCAACACAUCUGAAGAAUCUCAGCUUGUAGUAAUCCAGCUUCCAGAUGAUGAGAGAACCAACGUGUGUCCACCACAACUGAAAAAUAUCAGCUUGAUAAGAGUACCAGGGUUUGUUUACUAUAAUUGAGGAAUGUCAGCUUGUAGUAAUCCAGCUCGAUGAGAUAACCAGGGUUUGUUUACUAUAACUGAGGAAUGUCAGCUUGUAGUAAUCCAGCUCGAUGAGAUAACCAGGGUUUGUUUACUAUAACUGAGGAAUGUCAGCUUGUAGUAAUCCAGCUCGAUGAGAUAACCAGAGUUUGUUUACUAUAACUGAAGAAUGUCAGCUUGUAGUAAUCCAGCUCGAUGAGAUAACCAGGGUUUGUUUACUAUAACUGAAGAAUGUCAGCUUGAUGAGAUAACUGAGGUUUAUCAACCACAACUGAAAAAUCUCAGCUUCUGAUAAUCCAACUUCACAAGAUAGCCAA